UCCCAGGGAGUGAGUCCUAUGCAGAAAAAAACAGGACCAUGAGGAUUGUCCCCGUUUUGGUUUGGAUUCUCUUCCCAGGUUGCUGGGCAGUGACAGGCCCUGGCACAGCGCGUGGCCAGCUGGGUGGCUCGGUGUCUGUGCGGUGCCAGUACGGGGCAGGCUAUGAGGCUUAUCCGAAAUUCUGGUGCAGACGCAAAGUUGUGCUGUGUUUCAAUCACCUCAUCUUUGAGACCACGGGGUUGGAGGCUGAGGAGACGUGGGGCAGAGUCUCCAUCCGUGACAAUCACACCCAGCGCGUGUUCACUGUGACCCUGGAGAACCUGACACUGGCAGAUGCGGGGACUUACCUCUGUGGGGUAGCCAGGAUUGGCCUCCCCAAUCCCAGGGACUCCGUCGAAGUCAUCGUCUCCCCAGCUGCAGCUCUUCCUUCUUCAAUCCCAAUGGAAAAGGCACCACAGGCAACAGACCAGCCAGCUGCUCCUGCCUUCACACGGAUUUCCACUGGAAGCCAUGUAUCUAGCUCAUUUACGUCCUCAAGUAACAGCUCCUUGGACAGCAGUGACAUCCAAGCACAAUCCCAACCCAACAUCCUCUAUCCCUUGUUCCUGAUCGUCCCCAUCUGCCUGUGCAUAGUCUGUACUGUGACCUGGGUGAGCGUACAGUACAGGAGGAACUCCAGAGAGAUGGUGCCAAACAGACAUGCUGAGGAAUUGCCCCUCUCCUAACUAAGGAAUGGGUCAGAAUCCACAGAAGAAGGAUGCAUCCCUCAGCUCUGCCUACCGCAUAAAUCCACAGAGUGGGCCUGACUUUCCUCUCAUGUAAACAAACUAUUUUCUCCACGUUCUUAGGGGACAGUCUCCUGCAGGUGUCCGUCUCUGUGGUUCCCAUGUCUAGGCUCAGUUCAACAUCAUAAACACAAUGAAUGGCUGGCAAGAAAAAAGGGGGAGGUGGGUGUUCUUGCAGCCAACUUGGGUGGCCCAGCACUGAUGGUGCUACAGAAUUUACCCCCAGAAAAAAGAUGGAGUUUUCCAAACCUGGCACAAGCCCUUGACACAUGGUUUGGAACUAGCCAUCAAUCUGAGCUGGCUUGGACACAGCUAAGAGCUAGGAGAGGGAAAGAGGUAAUCCCACCAGAAGUGGUGGAGGACCUGCGGAGACUGGCAGUCCUGACAUACUCAGCUAGUACUGUGGCCUUCCAGGAUCAAUCGGCAAUGGACCAUUUAUAGAUGCUCAACUGUACUUGGACUUGAAGAUCAAGAUGAACAAAAGGAGGCCAAAGACACUCCAAGAGGCUCUGGGCUUAGCCACAGAGUGUGAAUCUUUUCUUGGAGCACUGCACCAGAAGAGGAAGCCGCUGCUAAUGAGGAAGGCGAUUGCCAUGCGCCCUGUAGGUGCAGCUCUGUGUUUAACGUGUACGAUGGAGAAGGGGAUUCUAACCUGCUUGAACAAUUGGGGAAAAAA